GGCUGUUAACCAGUUUAGAUGAAAAGAGAGAGCCUCUUUUUCAUGUUCCACUGGUCAUUCCUUAGAGGCAACCUGCUGUGGAAUGGAUUCAGAGAUGAGACAGUCACAUCGGAGCUGAGCUGGCCCGAAGACCCCCGACGGCGACAGCGCGCUCUGGCGGAGUGAGAGUGACUGCGGACGCCGCCGUCUUCUUCUCAGCGGAGAAGGGAGACACGCCUCCCUCAGUUAAAAAGCGAGGGACUUCGGGUUUCGCUGCGCUUUAGAGCCGGAGGGUGCUGGAACUCCCACGUGGCUUUUGGAGCGAAGGAAAUAAAAAGCGGCUGUUUCUGGGAAGACCCUCUUCGCCUUGAAUCGGUCGCGGGGGACUCAGGACUUCUUUGGAGGCUGGAAACACGAAGUCCCUCUGCAGGAUCGAUGCCGGAGAAGCCACCGGGAUCAAGCCUGGGUUUCUUCGUGUGAAUGUUCUUGACCUCAUCGAAGCCUCCUUUCUCCCUCUGAGUCAUCUGACUCGCUGAUUUCUGGAUCUGUCUAGGGUCGCCUUUGCGCUUGGCUUCCCGGUUGUGUCUCUGGGAAAGAGCCAUACUAAGUUUUCUGGCGUUUUGGAAGAACAGCCUCUGAAGCCGCGCCCCGGUUGCCGUAGAAACUCGGUUGCCGGGGUCUCAGUUUUGCGCUUCCCUUCCCUUCCGCAAAUGGGUGUGGGUGUAAAGGGGAAAGAACGCUUCUGGAGCUGGACCCAUUAAUCGCCCGCUCUUCACUCCAUAUUGUAGGCUGGAGUCUGAAAAAAGAGAAACUGUGCAGAGUGGUGCAUGUGCUGGUUUGUUUGCAGAGACAGACUACCUGCUGGUGGAAAGAGACUGUUGUCUGUAAAAAGGAACUUGGGUCAAAAUUACUGGUCACCUCCUCUUUAGGGUCCCAAAGCCUCCAUUGGAGGAGAUCAGCUCUGGACUGGCGGGUCAGUGGGCCCCAGGAUGGACACUGUGUGUAACCUUUCCAGUGGGGAAUGGUCAGACCAGGUCCUUCCCAGGGUGACAGGGUACAAACCCCGCCACGUAGUGCGCAGAGUCGCAUCCCAGACUGUGACCAAGGUGAACCCACCCAUAGGGAUUGCCUUUAUCACCCUCCUCUACUGUGCAGAGAUUUCUUCUGCCUGCGUCGUGAGCUAUGCCUACAGCUGCUCCAAUGAUGUCUUCUGGCUCUCCCUGACUCUCCUCUUGAUGCUGAUACCUGCCGUCAUGGACCAACUUACCCUCAUCUUUGUGAACCGGGACCUGACUAGUGACCAGCCCUUUAUCCUUUUCAUGCAUCUUGUGUUGCUGGGUCCUCUCAUCAGGUGCUUAGAGGCCAUAGUGAUGUUCUGCAGGUUGGGGAAGGAGGAAGAGCCCUACGUCACCAUCACUCGCAAGAAGCAGAUCUACAAGGACGCUGAGAUUGAGCUGGAGCAGGAAGUGGGUCACCUGGUGCGCAGGCUGGUCACCCACCGCAACGCUUUCAAGCGCAUGGCUGUCAUCCAGGCCUUCCUAGGUUCUACUCCGCAGCUCACGUUGCAGCUCUAUGUCAGCGUUGUGGAGCAGGAGGUCCCCACCAGCAGAGCAGUCCUGAUGUGCAUCUGCUUGGUGUCGGUCACCUAUGGAGCUUUGGUCUGCAACGUCCUGGCCAUCCAGAUCAAGUAUGACGACUACAAGAUCCGCCUGCACCCGCUGGCCUUCAUCUGCAUCAUCCUGUGGCGUAGCCUGGAGAUCUCCACCCGCAUCACCAUCUUGGUCCUCUUUGGGAGUGUCUUCAAGUACUAUGCCAUGGGCAUUGGUGGGGCCAACUUCCUGCUCUUCUUCUUCUUGCCCUGGGUGCAGUUUUGGUGGAGUGGUGCCCAGCUGCCUGACAAUGUGGAGAAGAACUUCAGCCGGGUGGGCACCCUCUCGGUCCUGUUCUCCAUCACUUUGCUUUACGCUGGCAUCAAUAUCUUCUGCUGGUCAGCCGUGCAGCUCAGGCUGGGUGACCGGGAAUUGAUUGCCAAGUCACAAAACUGGGGAUGCUUGGCUCUCUUCUAUGUGUUCCGAGGGCUGGAGAACAGUGUGCUGCUUGUCGUCUGGUACUUCUUUAUGACGGACGUCUACGCGUACUUCUGUGCCCCCUUUCUGGUGCUGCAGCUGAUUGUAGCCUACUGCUUGGCUAUCGCCUUCAUGCUCUUCUUCAUGCAGUAUCUCCACCCCUGCCGCAGCCUCUUUACGCACAACGUCUCUGACUUCUUGCAGUGCGUCUGCUGUAAGCGGGACGAAGCACCUGAACCCCUGGACCUUGAGCCUCCCUGGGAGCCUGGCGUGAAGCAUAGCAUUGUCUGAUGGGACAUAAGUCAAACUCAAAUCAUAAAUCAUUCUGCUGAAGGUGGAACAGAAACUAUAUCCUAACAUCCCAACAGGGGCAUACCCCAUACCUGGCCUCAGCAGGUAUAAUUUAUCAACAAGGGAGCAAUGCAGGGAGUCAUAGUGGCAGGACUGGUCCUUCCAGAGCAUCAUCUGAACUGACAGAUCAAAUUGGGAUGGGCAAUAAGGGGAGCAAUUUCAAUUUCCUUAUCUGCCUGCAGAGCCUGGAGUAGUCUGCAUUGCACACCAAUACAGCAGGGUCAGUUAUUACGUUCAGAAGGACUGUGUUGUCAUUUCUAGAUGAUAACCAUUGACUGAUGUUAUGUCAGAUGUUUGAAGAAGAAGAAAAAGCCUAGUUGAAGGAUAGUCAAUUGGGUUGAACUCACGGUUAGCUUAAGUAAGGGGAGAACCUUUGGAAGGGUGGUUAAUGGGUCUUGCUGCGGCAGCCAUCUGUUUACACCACUGCAUCCACAUGGGCACCAUGGUCUGUCUUCAGAUGGAUAGAAUUGUGGCCCCACAUUUUCAAGGAUAGUCCUGACAGUCGUGACAGCUGAGGCUCUAAGACUUGGUUGUCCUUCAGCACCAUUGGUGCUCCUCCCCCAUUUGUAGUUCUGUGUUUAUUUAUAUGUUGAGCUGAGAAUAGACAUUUUUAAGUGCUUUUUUUCAUUUUAAAGGAAUUUGGCCUCUUUUUAUACUCAAUUUAAACACAAUUUAGGUUCCUUCAGAACUUCUGGAUUUCUGUUGUUUAGUAUCUUGACUGCAGCUGUUUUCCAGUUACCUAUGUUUGGGUGACAUGAAACAUUUAUUUUCUUUUUUUAAAAAAACUUCUUUUCUUGCUCAAGACCUGGUGGGCCUUGUUCAAAUAUAUGUUAUUUAAAUUCUCUUAAUGGCCUGUGAAUUUCCUUUUCCACAAAUAAAGUACCUUUAUUUAUUAGUUA